AACAACGCCGUGAAAGACUGACAGAUGCUGAUGGGCACCAAUUCGCGGUUGACAAUAACUAGAAAAACCACUAAAUUAAUUGCAUUUUUUGGUUGCUCUUGCUAGUUUUUAUGAAAACGAUGAACCAGCUGGAUUAGUAAAUGAGCCGAUAGAAGACAUAGUUCCUGAAGAAGAUAUAGAUGAUAUACCAAGACCUAAAGAACCCACACCAACUGAAAUGAAGUCUUCCAAGCCUAAGUCAAAACCAAAACCGAGAUUCGGAACGAUCAACGAUUUACAAAAUCGAGAUAGCAGUUCGGACGAAGAAGAAGGUCAGGCAUUUUAUGCAGGUGGCUCUGAACACAGUGGGCAGCAAGUGCUAGGCCCAGGAAAGAAAAAUGAUAUUAUCAGUGAUAUGUUCAAAUCUUGCCAAGAACAGGCUGUUUCUUUGGACCCAAGACCAAGUGGACACCAAAAACCAAAUACAUUUGGUGGCCCUGGAUACAAACUAGGCCAAACAAGUAGUGAUACCGAAGUGGUUUCAGCAUCACCGUCCAACCAGCAGUCCAAUACGGGUCUAAUUACGUUAAAAUUAUGGAGAGACGGUUUCACUAUAAACGAUCAAGAGAUUCGACCAUAUAACGAUCCAGCUAAUAGGGAAUUCUUGGCUGCGAUUAAACGUGGAGAGAUCCCAAUGGAAAUCCGUCAGGAAGUUCAAGGUGCGGAAGUACGUCUAGACAUGGAGGAUCAUCGUCACGAAGAAUAUGUACCUCCAAAAGUGAAGGUCAAGGCUUUUACAGGCAAAGGACACAUGUUGGGAAGCCCCUCGCCUACUACUGCUGGCAUGACCAUGACAACAGACCCAGCAGAUCAAGCAGCGAAUGAGGCACAAGCUAGAAGUCAAUUGAAUUUAGACUCCACAAAACCAAUUACUACGCUUCAAAUACGUCUAGCCGACGGUAGUAAUGUUAGAGUUCAACUAAAUCUCACACACACAAUCGGUGACAUCAGACGAUUUAUCACAACUAUGAGGCCUCAAUACGCGAUGCGAGAUUUCAGCUUACUAACAAGUUAUCCCAGUAAGGAAUUAACAGAAGAAGAUAAAACCAUCGCGGAAGCUGGUCUUCAAAACUCUGCUAUUAUGCAACGACUGAAGUAGACCCUGCAAAUGUUCAGUUGCCUAACCCUAUAAUGCUGUAACAAUGAAAAAUCAACCAAAUAUACAUUCGAACGUUUAAAAAUAAAAUUUC